AUGGCCAUCGACCCUUUCAAGCCCAUCUUUCUGUCCGCCGACAACGCCGACCUCAAGGUCUCGGUGAUCCCCUACGGCCUGACCUUCCACAGCUUCUCCACCGAGGAGGGCGAGGACUUCAUCGGCGGGCCAGAGGACCCCAAGGACCACCAGGCGCGUGGACGCAAAUUCCUCAACCCCAUCAUCGGGCGCUACUGCAACCGUCUCCCCGCGGGCAAGCUCGAGUACAAGUCUGCCAACGGCAAAGUCACCCACAUCGACCUCCCGGAGUUCAGCGCGCCCGGUGUAGUGCUGCACGGCGGUCCGGAGAGCGACAAGGAGAACAAGGUGGACAGCAUCGUGCAGCACGGACCCUUCGACAAGUGCUACUGGCAGCCGGUCGACACCAAGGACAGCCAGCUGUUUGGCGACUCGGGGUUCACCUCCACCAGCAACCCCGGUGAGAAGCAAAGCAGCUUGAUCUUUGCCAUCGAGUCGCCUGAUGGAGACUCUGGAAUGCCAGGUAAGCUGCGUGUCGAGACGCUGGUCGCCGUUGUGCCCGGCACCGGACCGAAUGCAGAGCUCGGCAAGUCGGCCGGCAAGUUCCUCCUCCGCUACCGAGCGGCCUUGGACAGCAACGGAUCCGUUGAAGCGACGCCGUUCAACAUGACCCACCACUGGGGCUUCAACCUCUCUGCCUCGAACGAGAAGGUCGGCAAAGAGGACAACGGCACGGUGUACAACCACACUUUCCAGUUGUACGCACCUGCAGGAAAGACCAUCUCGCACCUCGAGCUCGACCCUGCCCAGAUCGCCACGGGCGACCUCAAGCCCCUGGACGGCCCCGCUGAGUCGUUCUCCAACGCCGGCGCACAGAGCUGGGACAAGGAGGGCGGUAAGCGCAUCGGCGAGGGUCUGCCCUCUGGCGGCUACGACGACUUUUAUGUCUGGGGCAACGUCGAGAACAUCCCUCAGUCGGAUGACAUCAACAAGAUCGCCACCGAAGAGACCAAGCGCGUCCGCCUCACUUCGGAGGCAGCCGGCCGAUCGGUCACGAUGCACUCGAACCAGGCAGGUGUCCAGCUGUGGACGGCGGGCGCGCAGCCCGAACACCCCGCUGACCCAGCCCAGUCUGGUGGAUCGAUGAAGAAGGCGCACCGCAAAGGAGGUCUGCCGGACAGCGGCAACUUCAACGGCGCUUUCGCCGCCAUCGAGUUCGGCGGGCCUCACUGCGGAUUCCUCCUGCCAAGCCUGGUCGGACUGGGAGGUCAGGAAGAGAUUUUGGAAAAGGGUCAGGUGUACGACCACUGGGUCGUUGCUGAGGCCUGGCGCAAGUAG